UUCCGGUGGAGCCGCUUCUCCGCCCUCUCGGCUGUUCCGACCACGUCGUUCAGUUCCAGGCGGAAGCUGUUGGCGACCGCCUGUGCCCAUUGUGACUCGCUCCUUCCCCAGCAAAAGCGACUCCAGACGAGGCCGAUGGAGGAUCCCGACAGCCGGACCGAAGUGGUCCUGCUGGCCUGCGGCUCCUUCAACCCCAUCACCAACAUGCACCUUCGGCUUUUUGAGCUGGCAAGGGAUCACCUGCAAGAGACAGGGAAAUACAAAGUGGUGAAAGGGAUCGUUUCCCCCGUGGGGGACGCCUACCUGAAGAAGAGCCUGAUCAGCGCCCGUCACCGGGUGGCCAUGGCGAGACUCGCGACCGAAAACUCGGACUGGCUGGAAGUGGACGACUGGGAGAGCAGCCAGAGAGAGUGGCAAGAAACCAUCAAAGUCCUCAGAUAUCACCAGCAGAAGCUGAAGCCCUCAGGUCCUGCCAACAGCUUUGAAGAUGCUCACCUUCCAAGCAGAGCAAGCCGAAAGAGGAAGCGGGCAGCGGGGAGCCAGCUCCCCAUUAGAAUGAAUCAACCCAAACGGAAAUGCCUCCCCCAGCUGAAGAUGCUCUGUGGGACAGAUAUUCUGGAGUCCUUUGCAGUGCCCAAUCUUUGGAAGCCGGAAGAUAUCCAGGAAAUCGUCUCCAAGCACGGCUUGGUUUGUGUUACCAGGCUGGGGAACGAGGCCCAGAAAUUUAUCUACGAGUCGGACACGCUGUGGAAGCACAAGCAGAACAUUGACCUGGUGGAGGAAUGGAUCACCAACGACAUCUCGGCCACCAAGAUCCGGCGAGCCCUCCGAAGGGGCCAGAGCAUACGGUACCUGGUGCCCGACUCGGUUCGGUCUUACAUCAAAGAGCAUAAUCUGUACACCGCAGAGACUGAAGACCAGAACGCGGGUGUGGUUUUAGCUCCUCUGCAGAGAUACGCCCAGGAACCCGUCAAAAAUUGAUUGGCACGGGGACGGAGCAGGGAGAGAGCAGGAACAGGGGCCGAUUGGAAAGCAGGCUGCGCCUUUAGCCAGUGUCUGCUCCCCUCCCAAAGGUGGUGGAAUCCCUUUGCAUUCCCCGGGUUGAAUUUUGGAAAGUGGCCAGCUUGCCUGGCCCAAAUAACCAGAAGCUGGGGGUUCCGCUGCCUUUCAAAGCUUUUCGACUUGCAGAACUCAACACACUGAGCUUCUGCAGAUCGAAGGAAGAUGUUAGGGAACGGCAGCAACUCAGCCCUCAGUCUGCUUCCUGGCUCUGUUCUCCAUCGUGGAGAUUCAGGGCUGGUUGAAAGACUGGCAGCUAGGUUGGUGUCCAGUUCCGAUUUCAAACAGAAUUAAGCCUUGCUCCAGUUUUGGAAGGCGGUGACAGACAAGGGCCUCCGAAAGAAAGGGAGUGUGCUAUUAAAUGGGCCAGAUCCUUUCCCUAAAAAAUGAACUCUGAAUAAAGGCCUACAUUUUCAGAGAAAUAGAUUUUUACUCUGAAAAGACCUACCUUGCCUGACUUUCCGAGAAUUGUAAUGCAGUCUCGCGUCCUCGAUCUCUGCUGACUUGAAACAUACUGUUCUGGGUCUGGGGUGAUUCCCCCCUUAAGUGCCUUGUCGAUUAAUGCACUAAAAGUACUUCCUUAGUUGUAAAUAAGAUGAGCCAUCAUGGUUAAACCGUGUGGACAUUUGAAACCAUCUUCGACUGCUAAGGUGAUCUUGGAAUGUAACGUUUUUAAAAUGCUGGGUCUGUCUUUGAAGAUUUUACUUUAGCCGUGCUGGAUGAUUCAUAUACCCUAAAUUAAAAACAAAACAAAACAAAAACCUCCCACACAGAUAACAAGCACUAGGCAAACCUUCAUUGCGACAUACUAGUUUUCUACAAGCAUGGAUUUUUUGAAAUUGUGGUUAGAACAUCCAAUCAUGUAAGCCAGACAUGUCAAACUUGCAACGUAUCGGAGCUUUUUCCCCAUUGCCGACAAUAGGCUGGGCAUGGUUUCCUCAUGACGCGUCCGGCAGUUUGACACUCCUGAUGUAAGCCAAGAUCAUGUUGGUGGGUUUAUUUUGGCCCAUCAAGAAGAUAAAACUUUUUUGCAGCUCAAAGGUGGUCUGUCCUCCAUGGACAAUUGUGGACCACCAAUCUCCAUGAACUGCCAGAUCUGGUUUACCUUCUGUGGUUUCCUAAUGUUAUCUCAUUGUAUAUAUCCCAGGAUUUUUUCAUCCCCUUAAGAUGGGUGGACUUCAACUCCCAGAAUUCCCCAGCCAACAGGGCCAGUUGGGGAAUGUUGAGAGUCAAAGCCCACCCAUCUUAAAGGUGCCAAGUUUGAAAAACACCGCUCCAUUGAGUCAGAACUGUUCACUCAGGAGUGAGAACCAAGCCAUAAAUUUUGCUGCUCAGAUUUCCGAACGAGCUAAUUUUAAAUCUCUUUUUAAAAUUCAGCUGCGUAAGAUGAAUCAAAAAAUACUGGAAAUAGGGGAAAAAAGAGAAAUAAUGGGAAAUAAGGAAAACCCAAACUCUGCAGUGACGAUUGAAGAUUGGCAGGACAUCGACAGUUCCUGUUUAGUGUGGGAGAAAAUACACAUGCUGGAAUAAGAAAUAUCCUUAUGGAAAAUCCGCCUCAUCAAUGUUGUUACUUCUGAUUAUCUUUUUUCUUUACUUAGCUGCUUAUAUGAUGUUUUCCUUUGAAAUGUUUGGCUUGUUUUUUUUUUAUAUUUUAGCUGUUAACGAAAUAAGAGUCCUUUGCGCACAUUGUUUGGAACCGCAGCACUUUGCCUCCCUCCAACACAACCCACCCUUAGAAAUCAUAAUGCUGUUGAGAAAAUGUCUGUGUGUGUAUGUGUAGGUGUAAAUCCUGAACCCAAUAAGAGAAUCGUAAUGUGAAUGAGUCACAAAAUCAAGACACACCCUUCAGUGUAAUGUGGACGGGAAAAAUAAUAAUAAAUGUAGUCAAAUGCAAUCAA